CCGUCUCUCAACCAAAAUAAAUAAACGUGUUCGGGUGUGGAACGACGUUGUUCCGCGAAAAAAUCGUUUAUCCGGCUGUUUUGGCCGUUAAAUUCAGUGAUUCGUGUUUCAUCGGUGACUGGAAGGUUGUACACAUCCCACAAUGGAAAAAUACGCCGUCCCAAACAAGCUGCCGGCUGAGGAAAUCAGUAUUUUGGCACAGCGCAAGGCUCGGAUCAAGCGCGACAUCGCCCAGUAUGUUCGGAAGCCGCUGCCGGAGAACCGCAAGAAAAAGUUCUGCAAGCCGGAGCUUUUCAUUGCGGACUAUCGGAAAGCCGAGCGCGACUCGAUGAGGAUCAAGCGGAACUUUUUGAAGACUGGCGUCCAGCUGAAGGAUGAAGGAGUUGAGCACGGCCGACUGAUUUUGGUUUUCCGCCAUCGAGGUAAGUUCAUCUCGAACAAGGAGGUGAUGCACAUCCUGGCCAAGUUGGGCUUGCCGUACAAGCGGCGGGCGGUACUGUUGAAGCUGACCGAGGGGGUGCACGCUAUGCUGAAGAUGGUAGAGCCGUGGAUCAUUUGGGGCUACCCUAACGUCGGAACCGUCCGGGAACUGGUGUACAAGUACGGUCUGUUCAAACCGGAACAGGGCGAGAAGGGACCGAAGAAGAUCCCGAUCGCCUCGAACAAGCAGGUGGAGGAGAAGUUCGGCCAUCUGGGGAUCAUCUGUGUGGAGGAUCUGCUGCACGAGUUGCUGACGGUGGGAAAGAACUUUGACAAGGUAACCAAGAUUCUGCAUACGUUUGAGCUGCGAUCGCCCGUGGACGGUUGGAAAACGGCCCGGAAGGGCAAGCUGCGAUCGUUGGGCGGUGAGGCAGGCUUCCGAGGCGAUGAAAUCAAUGACUUCUUCAAGAGGUUACUGUGAGGCGGAGGCGUUCGCGUUUAUCUUGUAAGUUUUUCUCCUAGAUUGUAAGACUUCUUCCCCUUGGUUCUGUGUAAAGAUAUAAUACCAAAAAAAAAUCACUUCAUA